AUGGCCGGCAAGAAUGCGAAAAGAAUCACUGGCAAAGGUCAAAAAAACCCAAGAAAGAAAACUGCCACUAGAGGAGACCAUCUCGUUCUGUCCGAUGGGGACGAAUCAGCGAAUAUGAGUCUCUUUGGCCCAGUGGAUGAGGCCGCGAUUCCCGAUCUCUCGGAGGAAGCCAGAACGUCCAACCAAGCAGUAAAGACAACAACGCCAUCCUCGAUUGUGCUGGCGCGUCGGCCCGCGAUUCCAACAAACUACAUUCCCAGCGUGAUGAUGAACGCGCCCCUGUAUUCCGGAGCUGAACUCUGUGAAAUGGUCAGAGCACUCAACGACGUAAUCAGACAAACCGCAGCAACGGUUACGGACGCGAGUUUCGAAUACUCUGAGGUGGAAGAAGGGAAGCGUCCGAAUAACACGGCGAAGCAAUUUAUCAAGUCGAGCAUGUUUAAUCGUAUAUACCACGCGAAGGGAGGGUUGCAGAAAGGGCUUCUGCAAAAAGGGCUCGAGGGGGUAAUGGUGGUCGCAUGCUGUGAGAUGUUGGCCGCGUGGUCCAAGGAUAAAACGGAGUCGGAGAAACUAUACAACCUCUAUAAACACAAAAUUCAGCAAAAUGGUUACUGGAGAGCCAUGACGAAGAAGGCCGUCAAGUUGUCGUUGCACGAGAAUGUCGAGAACGACCUUUCAAAAUGCCUCGAACGGGUGGUCAAACAAAUUCUCGCAAUUCCUGGAAGGUGGCGUGACCAACUUCAGCCCAGAAUCAAACAGGGUAUUCGGGAUGUUUGCCAGGCCGCGAUGAGACUGGAUGUGGUUUUGAGCGAAGACCCUACAGAUGAUGAUUGGGAGGUAUUCUAUGCUCUUCCGGACAGCAAGUUUGACACCGAAACGACCGAACCGAUACCCGACGGCGAGAUGUCUGUCAGUCAAGGUCUCGUUCUUUGUCCAACAGAUCUAGGACUGCGUAGAGCAAAUUUCACUAACGUGUCUUCUGUCCCGUCCGGUUCAGUAAAGAUGGAAGGCACGAAUCCCCGGGUUCAUUGGCAAAUCAUCCUAAAGGCGAAGGCUUUGGUCAGAGGAUAA